CACAACUCCGACGACAACUGAAACAACAACUACUCCGACGACUACUGUAACGUCAACCACGAGUGAAACACCGACAACUCCCAUGACUACAGAAACAACAACUACUCCGACAACUACCAUAACGUCAACCACAAGUGAAACACCUACCACUCCCACAACUGCAGAAACAACUACCACUCCAUCGACAACCGGAACGUUGACCACAUCUGAAGCACCCACAACUCCCACGACAACUGAAACAACUACCACUGAAACACCUUCAACUCCGACGACAACUAAAACAACUACUACUCCGACGACUGCUGUAACGUCAACCACAAGUGAAACACAGACAACUCCCAUGACUACUGAAACAACUACCACCCCGACAACAACCGCAACAUUGACACCAACUGAAACAACUACAGCUUCCUCAACGACUGAAACAACAACUACUCCGACGACUACUGUAACGUCAACCACGAGUGAAACACCGACAACUCCCAUGACUACAGAAACAACAACUACUCCGACAACUACCAUAACGUCAACCACAAGUGAAACACCUACCACUCCCACAACUGCAGAAACAACUACCACUCCAUCGACAACCGGAACGUUGACCACAUCUGAAGCACCCACAACUCCCACGACAACUGAAACAACUACCACCCGGACAACAACCGCAACGUCAACUACCACUGAAACACCUUCAACUCCGACGACUACUGAAACAACUACUCCUCCGACGAUUACUGUAACGUCAACCACAAGUGAAACACCUACAACUCCCAUGACUACAGAAAUAACUACCACCCCGACAACAACCGCAACGUCGACCACAACUGAAACAACUACAGCUUCCUCAACAACUGACACAACAAUGACUCCGACAACUACCGUAAUGUCAACCGGAAUUGAAACACCCACAACUCCGACGACAGCUGAAACAACUACUACUCCGACAACAACUGUAACGUCAACCACAAGUGAAACACCUACCACUCCCACAACUACAGAAACAAGUACCACCCCGACAACAACCGCAACGUCGAUCACCACUAACACACCUACAAGUCUCACAACUACCUCCACGUUGACAACCGUAACGUUGACCGCAACUGAAACAACUACAACACCCACAACUACUGAAACAACUACUACUCCGACGACUACUGUAACGUCAACCACAAGUGAAACACCUUCAACUCCGACGACUACUGAAACAACUACUACUCCGACGACUGCUGUAACAAACAAGUACCACCCCGACGACAACUGCAACGUCGACCACCACUGA